AUGGAAUUGCAGAGAACUGAAUUAAAGAAAGAAGUUGAUAAACAUAUAGAUAAAUUAAAAUCUGAAACAAUGAAAGGAUGGAGGGAUCUUCAUCAAUCGAUCAAAAAAGAAGAAAGUGAAGUGACACUACUGAUAAAAAGCAUGAAAUCCAAACAUUCUGAAGUCGAGGAAAUCAUCCAAUCUGAGAAUGCUGAAAGAGUCUUUGUGGACGGUUUGGAGUCGGUUAAUCUGAUGGAGGAAGCAGUCAUAUCACCUUGCACGAUGUUCGAUUCAAUUCCAAAAUUUUUAUCAGGACAAAUAUCUGCUACUAACAUAGGAACAUUGGAGAAUGUUUCUGCCAAAGAUGAUCUCAAAAGUAUCAAACAAUUUCAGACUGAAAUGUCUUGCGUUUCUUUAAUGACAGCAUGUUCUGAUAAUGUGUUGUGGAUAUCUGGCCGGAACAAACUACAGAAAGCUAAAAUAGAGGGCACGAGUUUAAAGAUAACUGACCAAAAAGACAUUGAAAUAUAUGGUAUGGCAUUGACACAGUCUAAAGAUCUCCUUUUGAUUGCAAAAGAAUCAUCUGUAGUACAACUGAUCAAUAAUCAAACAGGAGAAAUGACUGAUUCUGUGUAUGAAAUAGAGGAUUUAGAGCUAUCUGCUAUUCAUGUAAAUCCAGAUGGAAAAGUCACGUUUGGUGCUUAUAAUGGGGAAAUGAGCUUUCCAACUGAGGGAAGACGGGUUGUGAUAGUAAUGGAUAGAAGUGGGAAAUUUGAAACUACUUAUGAAUAUGACAGACAAGGCAAGCCUCUAUUCACGCUAAUUACUGGCAUAACAAGAACAAACAAUAGUAAUAUCUGUGUAGUGGACACAAUAUCUAAUGAUUGGGUGGGUAGACUGGUAAUACUGAGUGAAGAUGGUGAUGUUCUAAAUACCUUCAGUGGUUUGUCAAAUGAAAUGAGUGACUCAGAAUCAAAAUUUGACUCAGAGAGAUCAGACUCAGAAUCAGACACAGACCCAGACACUGAAUCAGACUCAGAUCCAAGCUCUUUCAAACCUAUGUGUGUAAUCACUACCCAAUCUGACAAUAUUAUUGUAUCAAACUUAGACAAUGGCUUUUUACUUUUUCUCAACAACUCUGGAAAUGUAUUGUCAUUGUACGACACAAAUAAGAUUGGAAUAGAUAAUCCUAUCUCUUUUUGUAUGACAUCUGAACAUAUGUAUAUUGGGUGUUUUACAAAUGAAGACAGUAGUGAUAAUGCAAAAAUAUAUGAAGUGGAUAUUUUGUGA